UUCACGCAUUUUUAUCAAAUGUACCACGCGAAACAAAUUGUGGCAUAAUGACUUCGAUCAUAAAGCUUCACGCUAUAUCGGGUGCGAUGGAUGAAUCGCCCCCCUGUUACAUACUGCAGGUAGACGAUGUGCGCAUUUUGCUGGACUGCGGCUGGGACGAAAAGUUUGAUCAGAGCUUCAUCAAAGAAAUUAAAAAAUACGUCCAUACUAUUGACGCUGUACUGCUAUCCUAUCCAGAUGGCAGUCAUCUGGGUGCACUACCCUAUCUCGUUGGAAAGCUUGGACUUAACUGCCCCAUCUACGCCACCAUACCGGUGUUCAAAAUGGGGCAAAUGUUCAUGUACGAUAUGUUCAUGUCCCAUUAUAAUAUGUACGACUUUGACUUGUUCUCGCUAGACGAUGUGGACGCUGCGUUUGAUAAAAUAGUCCAGUUGAAGUACAACCAAAGCGUAGCGAUGAAGGGUAAGGGCUACGGCAUUACUAUUACACCCUUACCGGCCGGCCAUUUGAUUGGUGGAACUAUCUGGAAAAUAGUAAAAGUGGGCGAAGAAGACAUUGUGUACGCAACGGACUUCAACCAUAAGAAGGAGCGCCAUCUGAAUGGAUGUGAGUUGGAGAAACUGCAGCGUCCUUCGUUGCUGAUAACCGACGCGUACAAUGCCCGCUACCAGCAGGCCCGCCGGCGGGCACGGGACGAAAAGUUCAUGACAAACAUUCUACAAACGCUGCGCAACAACGGCAACGUGUUGGUCACGGUCGACACCGCCGGUCGCGUUUUGGAGCUGGCGCACAUGCUGGAUCAGCUGUGGAAGAAUAAAGAGUCCGGUCUGAUGGCGUACUCGCUGGCACUGCUGACGAACGUCAGCUACAAUGUGGUAGAGUUUGCCAAAAGCCAAAUUGAAUGGAUGAGUGAUAAGCUGAUGAAAAGCUUCGAAGGAGCACGUAACAAUCCGUUCACGUUCAAACACUUGCGCCUGUGCCACACGAUGGCCGAUCUGGCUAAGGUUCCGAGCCCAAAGGUGGUGCUUGCCAGCUCGGUGGACAUGGAGAGUGGCUUUUCGCGCGAGUUGUUCAUACAGUGGGCACCGAAUGCGAGCAACAGCAUCAUCGUUACCAGCCGCUCGUCGCCGGGCACGUUGGCCCGCGAUCUCAUCGAAAACGGCGGCAAUGGGCGCAAGAUCGAGAUGGACAUUCGGCGGCGGGUUGAGCUGGAAGGUGCGGAGUUGGAGGAGUACAUGCGAACGGAGGGUGAAAAGUUGAACCGAUCCAUCAAGAAACGAGACCUGGACGAAAGCAGCUCCGACUCAGACGACGAGCUAGAGAUGAACAUCAUUACCGGAAAGCAUGACAUCGUCGUGCGGCCCGAGGGUCGAUCGCAUACGGGAUUCUUUAAGUCGAGCAAGAAACAGUACGCCAUGUUUCCGUUCCACGAGGAGAAGAUUAAAUUUGACGAGUACGGAGAAAUAAUUCAACCCGACGACUACCGCAUGGUCGACGUCGGGCCGGAAACGAACGGGGGCGAUGACAAGGAGAACAACAUCAAAACCGAGGACAUUAAGAAGGAAAAAGACGACGAGCUGACCGUACUCGACAAGCCGACCAAGUGUGUGCAGUCCCGCAAACCGAUCGAAAUCAACGCCCAGGUGCAGUUCAUUGACUUCGAGGGCCGCUCGGACGGGGAGUCACUGUUGAAAAUUCUAUCCCAGUUGCGGCCACGCCGGGUGGUGGUGGUCCGCGGAUCGGCCUCAAACACGGCGCACAUUGCGGAGCACUGCCAGCUAAAUAUAGGCGCACGAGUGUUUACGCCAAACCGGGGAGAAAUUAUUGAUGCCACCACGGAAACGCACAUCUAUCAGGUGCGUCUGACGGAGGCGCUUGUAUCGCAGCUGGAGUUUCAAAAAGGUAAAGAUGCCGAGGUGGCCUGGGUGGACGCGCAGAUCGUCAUUCGCAACAAGCGGAUUGACACGGUGGCGGGGAAGGACACGGCAGGCGCUGGAGGCGAUACCACGUCCAACCCGGCCGUAUCCGGCAGUGGGGCAGGUGCGGGCGAUACUGCUAUGGAUGUCGACGAGGUGGAGGAGAAUAAGAUGGACAAACAGAUUCUAACGCUCGAGCCGCUGCUAGCGGAAGAUUUGCCACCGCACAAUCCGGUCUUUAUUAACGAGCUGAAAUUGAUCGAUUUCAAGCAAAUUUUGAUGAAAAAUAAUAUAAACUCCGAGUUCUCGGGUGGUGUGCUCUGGUGCAGCAAUGGAACGGUCGCAUUACGGCGUGUCGAUACUGGUAGAGUGACGAUCGAGGGUUGCAUAUCGGAAGAUUAUUACAAAAUAAGAGAAUUGCUGUACGAACAGUACGCUAUCAUUUAA